UGAGAAGAGAGAAGAAAAUAUGGCAAACUCUCCCAAAGAAGAAGAGGAUGAGGCUUUCGUUUGUGCUUUUUUACUUUGCACUAAUUAUGUGUUUCCUUCAGUGCUCAAUGCUGCUAUUGAGCUUAAAUUGUUUGAAAUCAUAGCAAAGGCACCACCACCAAAUGCAGCAAUGUCAGCCUCAGAAAUUGCUUCUAAACUACCAACACAACACCUAGAUAGGCUCCAGCGCAUGCUGCGUUUGCUUUCUAACUAUUCUCUGCUCACUUGUUGCACUCACACCAAUGAAGAUGGUAGCACUGAGACAACUUAUGGACUCUCAUCUGUUGGAAAAUACUUUGCCAAUGAUGAAACAAAGGGUUCUUUCGGUCCCUUAAAUACACUUUGCCAACAUCCUACACUGUUAAAACUUUGGCAAAAUUUUAAGGAUGUGAUAAUUGAUUCCGAGUUCGACCUAUGCAAGAAGGUUCAUGGAAUGCCUUUCUACCAAUGCACUGAAAGAGAUCCACAACUGAAUUAUAUUUUCAACAGAUCAAUGGCUAAUAUUUGCGACAUAGAAAUGAAUAAGAUUCUUGAUGAAUAUAAAGGAUUUGAAGGAGUGUCAACUCUUGUUGAUGUGGGAGGUUGUACAGGGCAAACUCUCCACAUGAUAAUCUCCAAGUACUCUACAAUUAAGGGUAUUAAUUUUGACUUGCCCCAAGUAGUCGAAAAAGCAGCAUCUUACCCAGGGAUACAGCAAGUUGGAGGAGAUAUGUACCAUUAUGUGCCAAAGGGUGAUGCUAUGAUUCUAAAGACUGUGUUGCACAAUUGGUCAGAUGAAGACUGCUUAAGCAUUUUGAGGAACUGUCACAAUGCACUGCCACAGAAUGGAAAGGUGAUUGUGAUAGAAUUUAUAGCACCAGAAGAAGCAUCAGAGUCGAAUGUAUCAAAGCUUGUUUCCACCCUCGACACCAUCAUGUAUAUCACAAGUGGUGGGAAGGAAAGAAGUGAAAAGGAGUACGAGAAAUUGUGCACGCUUUCUGGAUUCUCAAGAUUUGAAGUUGUCUGCCGUGCCUUUUCUGUCUUAGGAACCAUGGAAUUUCACAAAUGAAUUUACUUUCCAUCAACGAAUAGCUAGCCAGUUCAAAAACUCACUUCUAUGAAGCUAAUAAAGCUACCAAUAAGAUGAUCCAUCAUUUCAGCUGUACUUCUUCAAAAAGUGGUUGAGUUUCUGCUUAUUAGCAAC